UGCACAUAUCACGAUAAACUUGAACCUCCCUGCGGAGCAGGGCGACCAAACACCACCAGAAGAAUAGUCACUUUCCGUCGUGCUCUCGAUUCGGAAAUACCUUUUGACCUCUUCACCGACCGUAAGAACCGCGGCGUGUCUGGCUGUCUGUCCCGGGCUCGAAGCAGAUCUCAAACACCCCAACCGACCCAGCCAAUAACCCAGGCCUGGAGAACGCGGCACACCCUUUUUUUUUUUCGAGCCAGAGGCACCAAAGAUCGAAUCGGCCGCGACCGAUUGCAGUCGACGAACCGCUGCUAAUCAUACUAGCCCACACCGUUUCUUCAUCAGCUCCAUACAAUGCCUCUCGACACAUCAACCUACAACCUGGCCCUGCUCCGGGUCGACGGCCGGAGAUGGAACGAACUACGGCGCGUCCACGCUCAGAUCCGCACGCAGGCGGCAGCCGAUGGUUCCAGCUACCUCGAGAUGGGCCACACGAAAGUGAUGUGCGUGGUCACCGGGCCCAGCGAGCCGGGUCCGCGCCGGGGUACGGGGGGUGGUGGAGCAGGAGGUGGCGGUGCCGCCGCCGGCGCAGGGGCCAAGGCAGAAGUCGUCGUGAGCAUCGUAAUCGCCGGCUUCAGCUCCGUGGAUCGCAAGCGACAUGGGAGAGGCGACAAGCGUACCCUGGAGUUGCAAUCGACCGUUGCCAACGCCCUUGCUGCCAGCCUUCACACACACCUCUUCCCGCACAGCCAGGUCAACAUUUCCUUGCAUGUCCUCUCGCAGGACGGCUCGCUCCUUGCGGCGCUCAUCAACGCGGCGACGUUGGCGUGCGUCGACGCCGGCAUUCCCAUGACCGAUUACGUUGCCGCGUGUACUGCGGGGUCCACGUCUACGUAUGCUGCGAAUGACGAGGGCGCCGAUCCCUUGCUCGAUCUAAACCACCAGGAGGAACAGGAACUGCCGGGGUUGACGGUGGCAACGCUAGGGGAGAGCGACCGCGUGGUAGUGCUCGUGUGCGAGAGCAGAGUGCAGGUAAGCCGACUGGAAGGUAUGCUCGCCGUGGGGGUGGAUGGCUGCAAGCAGGUUAGGGAGAUUCUCGACCGGGUCGUCCGGGAGAAGGGCCGCCGGAUGGUACAGGAGGGGACGGUGGAGAAGGGAAUCGGCUUAAACGAGAUGGAUGUGGACUGAGGACCAGACCGGCUCGCCGUGGUGAUGUGAUGUGAUGGGGCUAAGAGUAGCUCUGGAAGCCAUCACAUCAACAUUCCCACGG